UGGCGAAACAUUAUCUGGCUAUCAGCCGCCACGUUCACCAAGUUUCCAUCUCACCAUUCGUAUCGAAUUUAUGCCCUUCAUGUCGCUCCUUAUAUAGAUCAUCGUCCCAUCGACUACUAAAAUUCUGUCUGCAGAUCUCCUUUCUAGUUCGCAAUGGCUCGCCAAAAGCCGAAGACUCCCCUGCGGAGGGAACCGUCGGAUUUAUAUAAUCAAACCUACGGAAAGAUACAUCACGAUGCGUCAAACGGACAUACCGUUCGGCCAGCCACUCCGGUUGAGAAGAAGUCGAUCCAACGGGCAGAGCCAACCGAGGAGAGUUCGAGCCCAGGGCUCACGGAGUUGGUGAUAUGUGUUGGCGGGAUAUACGGCGCAUUCUUAACUUGGGCAUUACUCCAAGAGCGUAUCACCACCAAAUCAUAUGGCCCAUCAGACAAGCCUGAGCGAUUCCAAUACAGCAUCCUGCUGCUCACGAUCCAAGCGCUCUUCGCCGCCAUCGCAGGGAAGCUGUAUUUCAACAUCACCUCCUCGCGCUCCUCGCGCCCUGCAAUCUUCCCCCGCGCAUCCAUCCUCCCGCCCCUCGCCCUCGUCUCCCUCACCAGCUCCCUCGCCGCCCCCUUCGGCUACGCCAGCCUCAACUACAUCGACUACAUCACCUUCAUCCUCGCCAAAUCAUGCAAGCUCCUCCCUGUCAUGGCCCUCCACGUCACCUUCUUCCGCCGCCGCUACCCCCUCUACAAAUAUCUCGUCGUCUUUGCCGUGACCGCCGGCGUCGCCGUCUUCACCGUCCACCAUCCCUCCACCGCCGCGAAGGCUGCGAAACGCUCCGCGGCGCAGAAGGAUGUGGAGAUGCCGUCGUUCGUGCCGGAAGGCCUCGUGUCGUGGUUUACCGCAUCCACGGGCAUCGGUGGCGCGGCAGCGUGGGGUCUGCUUCUGCUGUCGAUCAACCUGCUGUUCGACGGCAUCACGAACAGCACGCAAGACCAUAUCUUCACGGCGCAUGCGCCGUAUUCGGGGCCGCAGAUGAUGGUCGCGCAGAAUACGAUCGCGUCGCUCAUCAACGUGGCUUACCUUGCCUUGGCGCCCACGAUCUCGCGGACUCCAGUCGGUGCGUAUCUGGGCCUGUCCAGUGUAGCCGCAAACGAGCUCUGGGAUGGUCUCGCCUUCUUACAACGACAUCCAGAAGCACGAUUGGACGUGCUCGGUUUCGCCAUUUGCGGUGCCGUCGGGCAGGUCUUCAUCUUCCGGACACUAAGCCGGUUUUCCAGUUUACUGCUCGUCACGGUGACAGUGACGAGGAAGAUGCUGACGAUGGUGCUGUCUGUGAUCUGGUUUGGUCAUAAGAUCUCGGGGAUGCAAUGGUUUGGUGUGGGGUUGGUAUUUGGCGGGGUUGGUGCUGAGGCAGUGAUUCAGAAGAGGGAGAAAAGCAAGAAAGCCAUGGAGAAGAAGAAGAGGGAGAAAUCUCAAUAGAUUUAAGAUAGGACUUUGAAUUUGCUACUAGAAACUUGCUUCUGGGCUUCAAGCAUUGGCUGUUCUGGCAUAGACCGCAGAUCUGUAUAUAUAGCAUUGGAAUUUACUUCUCCCAUUCUAAAUGACAAUACAAAUACAUAC